AUGUCCCGAGUGUUCACCCGUCUUUAUCAUCCAAAUAACUUGGAACACGCCUUGCCCAAGAUUAUCAAACCUUUGACUUAUGGCACCGAUUCAGUGCAAUUCAAGGUGUUAUCGAACGCAUUGAACAAACAUGUCCCACAGUACGGAUUUAACGAAAGAGCUAUUGUACAAUCUUUGAAUGAAUUGGGAAUGGGAUCCUCAUACCUUUCAGUGCUUGGAAGUUCUAAUUCGCCAUCAUUUUUCAACGUGUCACCUUCUGUGCUUGAACUUGUGAAAUUCCAUCUAGUAUCAAAGCGUAACCAGUUGAUUACAGAUUUACCAUUGGAUUCCGAUAAACCUUUGCCAGAUUUGAAGACUUUAUUCUUGCAACGGUUGAAACUCAAUGAACAUGUAGCUCCUCAUUUGUCACAGCUGUUGUCUAUAAUGUCCGUUCCUGGAGAAUUUUUGGCUUCUACCGCAUUGUCUGAGUUGCAUAAGUUGACUGAUGAUAUGAUUUUCUAUUCAAAUGAACAGGACCAUAACGAUUUCGCUUGGUACUCUAAAAGAAUCGCUCUUUCGACGGCAUACGUUUCUUCGGAACUGUUCAUGGCCCAGGAUAAAUCGCAUAAUUUCCAAGAAACUAUGGAGUUUGCUCAAUCGAAAUUGAACAAAGUGAGCCAAUUGGGUAGCAUGUACAACAACACGGAGGAGUACCUAUGGUUCACUUUACUAAGCUCUAUUAACUUGGCAAAAUCUCAAAUUACCAGAGGAUGA